AUGAUAGACAAUCAAGUAGAUCGUAAAUUAAUAGAGAAAAAGCAGAAUAAAAACGAUCUAUUAUUUUAUAAUCUUCAAUUUAAUUUAUGUGAAUUACAAAAUGAACAACGUGAGAGAAACAUUAAGAAACGAAACAAUUAUUUCAAUCGAAAAAAUAUCGAUAAAAACAAUUUUUGUCAUAAUGAAAUUGAUCAAAUUCUCAAUCAAACAGAUUCAUUGUCACAUGAAUACAAUCAAUUAUUAACCAACUCUGAUCGUUUAUGGAUUAUUACUCAUAUUCAAAAUCGACGGCGAGAACGAAAAAGUUUACAAGAUUAUCUUCGAAAAAAUCAUGAAAUAUUUACAUUACAAUAUACUCUUAAUAUCAAACAUGAUGAAAUUGAACAUUGGGAAAAUCAUUUACGUCAAGAAGAAAGUGCAUUAGCUAAAGCUGAAAAACAUAUUGGUGAAGAUUUAACUUUAUUUGAUCAAUUUCUUGAUGCAUGUAAUCGAAAUGCUAAUGAUGCAGUUUUUCGAGUUGAUGAAGAAUCACGUAAAAAAGAUGAAUUAGUCAAUGAAAUAAAACGAUUACAAAAAACUCUUAUUAGUUAUCAUAAUGAUAAGAAUCAUUUGACAGAUACAUUAAAACAAUCACGUCGUUAUCAACAAUUUCUUUUUAAAUUUGCACCUAAAAAUUAUUCACUUUAUUUUACUAAACCUGAACAAUUACUUGAUAUAUUCACUGAAAUGGAAGAAAAAUCUUUACCACUUGUUGAAAAAAGUCAAUAUACAUCGGAAAUUCUGGAUAAAAUACAUUCAACAAUAAAUAAUACAAUUACUGAACAAAAUCAUGAAGUUGAACAACUUCAAAUCCAAAUAGAUCAAUUAGAACAAUUAGUUAAAUAUGAAAUUGAACGUGAAAUUUCUUGUCAAAAUACACUCAUACACUAUAAAAAUGAAAAAAAUGAUCCAUUUAUUGAACAAAUAAAACAAUCUAUUGAAAUUUUAUAUAAAAAACAUGUUAUUUCUGAUGAUAUUGGUAUAUCAACAAUUCAUAUGUUACAAACAAUUGAAAAUAAAAUAAAAUCUUUAUUAAAUACAAUUGAACAAAUGGAUUCAUCUUCCAUCAUGGAAGCUGAAAAAUUUCGUGAAAUUGCUAUUCGAACAAUAGAACGUCAAGAAAAACUUCGACAAGAAAAACUAAUGAACGAAUUAAAACAUCAAAAAGCAUUCCUUCGAACAUCAGCACCACCUUAUCCAAAAGUAUUGUAUAUAUAUGUAUAUAGUAAACUUUCAAUGUAUCUUUUUUUUCUUUGUUCAGAUCGGUAG